AUGCUGGCGCUGCGCAGGCCGUGGCCCGUCCUGGUCACUGUGCUGCUGGGCCUGCUGGCCUGUCUGGGCGCGCUGGCCGACGCCUACCCCGCCAAACCCGAGGCUCCUGGCGAGGACGCCUCGCCCGAAGAGCUGAGCCGCUACUACGCGUCGCUGCGUCACUACCUCAACUUGGUCACUCGGCAGCGGUAUGGGAAACGCGACAGCGAAGCUCUCCUGUCCAGACUGCUCCUCCCCGACGGCGAGGGUCGCCCCACCAAGUCGCGGUGA